CAGAUACCAGAUUUGUUAUCUCUCUCAUCUACUCUUGCAAUCAGGUGGAAUGAGGACUCUGUUACCUGUUCCCGUGCUCAUUGUCAGUUCAAGUGUGAAGAAGGUGGUCAUUAUGGAGUUCAAAGAACCUUUUUGGAAAGAUGCUAUUCCCCUCAGUUCUUGCAGAGUUUGCGUCAAAUCUUUCUGCUGUAAACAACAUCGGAAUGCUCACGAGACUGAAGUACACCCGAGUCAAUUAUCCGAAGUUGAAUCGUUACCAGAAAUAUGCCAGAAAUGUCAUGUCCUUGUGAGUAACUGCAAAGACCUUAAAAGUGAAUGUGUCAAAAUUGUAAGUGUUCCAUUAACAAGUAUCAAUCCAAACACACCAAUAAUCAAUCGUGUACAUAAGAGAACCUAUGCUCAAAUGAACAUAGCCAAAGAACGGCGUCCAACACCAAUGCCAACCAAUGCUCAUCCUUUGCGAGCAAAAAGAACUGCGAAGAGGAAAGAUUUCAAGUCCAAAGAAACCUCCACCAAAGAAGUAAUGAAGGAAAAUUCCUCUGAAACAAGUCCUCGAUUUGAAGAAAUCAAAUCCAGUAGCACACCAAUUCGCAGCCAGAAUGAUCCUUUGCGGGUGAAAUUACUGAAAAGUAAAAUUGAGGUCCCAAGACAGACUCUAAAUGUGAGUUCACGGACUCUGUCACUAUCACCUCAGCGUAAAAGACCAAACUUGUCUAUUGAAAAAAGUUGUCUAAUUUCAAGUGAAGUAAAAAAUGCUGUCUCUAAAUCUCCUCCACAAAACACAAUGGAUAUUUCUGUCUAUGGAACUCCUUGUGCCGAAGCAGUCACUUCAUUUCACUGUCCCAAAAAACACAACGUUCAUUUUACUCACGUCUCUAUUUAUGAAGCAACAAAGUCAAGGGACUCUUCAACUUUUGCUAGCAUUAACUUAAGUGACAACUUUUCAAACGAAGACAUCAAUGUUGCUGGAGAAGCGGAAAAUGAAUGCGGUGCGUUUGUUCAUUCGAGAGACCAACUAAUAGACGCCAAUCACACAGCUGUUGAAAGUAUUUCCAGAAACAACCCACAGCCAACAGCUAACCUUCAAUGCAUGGAUACAAGUAUAGACGUCUCCAAUAACGUAGUUGCUCUAGUUAAGGACUCUUUGGAAUCAAAUCACAGGCAAGAUUCUUUGAACUCAUCACCUUCCACCAAUGCUCACACCCACACUAGAACACCAGAUCACACAGUAUUUUUUUCACCUCAUCCCAUCAAAGCUGAUCUACCUAUCCAUCAGAAUUACAGGCAAGAAUUUAAUUUAUCUCCUUCGGAAUCAGAGUUAGAGUGGCAAUCCUUUUUUGCGGUAGAGAAAACUCCGUCGCCUACUCAAAUCCCAGGACAUGUUAAAAAUCAUUCAGUGCAAAUUUCUGACAUUGAUCCUGUAGAGAACCAGAUUUUUCCGAAAGUCGACAGCAAUGGAGAGCCAAAACCUGAUCAUGUUCCAGCACCCAACAUUCAAAAUUAUGAGGUUGCCUCCAGUGAUCGCAUCAAACCUGAUGUACCUAUUCAUCCAAAUUCUGAGCAAGAAUUUAAUUUAUCUCCUUUGGACUCAGAGUUAGAGGGGAAAUCCUUUUUUGUGGCAGAGAAAACUCCGUCUCCAGCCCAAAUCCCAGGAUUGGUCAAGAACCAUUCAGUGCAAAUCUCUGACAUUGAACCAGCAGAGAACCAGAUUCUUCCGAACGUCAACAACAAUGGGGAGCCAAAACCUGAUAUUCAUGUUCCAAUAACUAAUAUUCAAGAUUAUGAGAUUGCUUCCAGUGAUCCUUUAAAGACAAGAGGAGGUGUCUCAAUGGCAGAUAAAUCAAACAGCAAUCAAAUCAGCAGCAGUGUCAGAUGUGUCACUGAAUCUUGCAAUGCUGAUCAUGCGGCUGGCAGCGUGCUUUGUACAGAUGAAAAUAAGGUGAUGGAACUAAAGUCAAACCCUGCUCAUGUGUCGCACUUUUAUCUUGAUGACUCUCAAUUUAAACUUGUCAAUUGUCAUAGCACUCCAAUGGUGCCAGCUUUACUGCGAUUGAAUACAUCUUUGGAUGAGUCCGUCUCCUUCAACAGGAGUCUGUCUGACUCAGGAAAUCCAUGUCAAACAGGUCUCAUAGGAUUCGCCAAGAAAGGUAUCAAAUCGCUGUUUCCUUAUCUCUUCAAGCAAAGGAGGAGCAAAAGCGCAGAAGAUUUGUCCACACUGGCCUCAAUUAGUCCGCUCGUUACAAGUGGGGUUAGCCCUCUCAAAAGUUCGAAUUUUCAUUCUCCUGUGUCCACUUCAGUGAGAAACGUCCAAACUACCACUACUGUCUGCGUGAGCGAGGAAACUUCUUCUUCUGCUGAACAGACGGCAGCUUUAAGUGCUGUUUUGAAGAGAAAGCCUAUUUGGGGAUGGCCAAAACGCCGCCGGCCCAUCCGGGAAAACCAGCCCCCUCGUUUAUCUGAAGACUGAAAAAAGACUGAAAGAGACAUUGUCAGUAAGUCAUCUUUCAUGCAAAAUCCCCGCACAAUAAAAAAAUUUAGGAUAAAUAAUUUAGGA